UUUGCAGGGUAGCUUCACUGCACGAUUCUGCAGAGCUGUGCCAUUUCAUCUUAAGCACACAUGCAGGCAUAGAUUGCACUCAAGCUCUGGCUUGAAUCUAGGGGCAGAUAUUUAGCUUGGCCUCAGUAGGACAGUUUAUAACUUUUUCUAGUCACAGUUUUUCUUCAUUUGCCAGUCCGGAAGCUGACAACCAUGACGGAUACUACUUUACAAAUUAUCGAACAUCCAAGUGUCUCUGAAUCCUCAGAUGAGCAACAGUUGAUUACUGAUGAGCAGUUAAUUGACAAUGAGGAACCUGCUCAAACAGACCAGAUCAAUGGGGUGACUGUUCUGACGCUACUGGACAAAAUCAUUGGGGCAGUUGACCAAAUUCAAAAUACCCAGUCGCAGCUGGAACACAGGCAACAAGAGAUGGAAAAUGCUGUGACCAGCAUCCAAAGCGAGUUGACCAAGCUGACCAAAUCACACACUACUACCAGCAACAGUGUCAACAAGAUGUUAGAGAAAGUGCGCAAAGUUAGUGUAAAUGUGAAGACUGUGCGACAGAAUCUGGAGAAGCAGGCAGGGCAGAUCAAGAAGCUGGAGAGCAAUGAAUCAGAGCUGUUGAAAAGGAGAAAUUUUAAAGUCAUGAUCUAUCAGGACGACGUGAAACUUCCCUCUAGACUAAGCAUUUCCAAAACUGUAAAGGAAACGGAAAAGUCAGUAGAAGAAGGAGAAGCAGCUGAAAAUGUAGAACAUGGUGAAGAGGAACAUAUUCAGCUGUCUUCUGAUGAAGAAGUGGAAAUCGAAGAGAUUAUCGAAGAGUCAAGAGCCAAACGUAUUACGAGAAGUGGCAUGAAACGAGUUGAUGAUUUAAAGAAAGCUUUCUCAAAGGAAAAAAUGGAAAAGACCAGGCAGAAGACCAGAGACAACAUUGAGAAGACCAAACAGAAAACUAAAGAAAACCUUGAGAAAACCAAGCAGAAUUUGGAGAAAACAAAGCACAACAUAGAAAAGAAGAUGACUAAACUGGGUACCAAGAUUGUGACAACUGAAAGGAAGGAGAAGAUGAAGACUUCAAGAGAUAAGCUGAAAAAGUCUUUCACGCCAGAUCAUAAGGUGUACGCAAGAUCCAAAGUUGCCGUUUACAAAGUUCCACCUUUCACGUUCCAUGUCAAAAAGAUACGAGAAGGAGAGAUUGAAGUUAAGGCUACUGAGCUGGUAGAGGUUGGUGGAGAUGAAGAAGAAGAAGGGGAAGAGCUGGUGGAUAUGGAGAACCAAGAGAUGCACAGAUUGCUGGAAGUAUCGGAGGAGCAUGAGGCUGUGCUGGCUGACAGGGAUGACAGUGACUAGCUUAUAACGCUGUACAUGUACAUGUACACAACCUUGGAUUGUAAUGGGACAAAAAUAUAUUUCUAUAGUCACUGAGUGUCUCAUAUGCCAAAGGGCACACGAAGAAAUGCAAACAAACAUAUUCAUUCUCGAAGAUACCUUAUCCAAUAUCUUGUACAAAGUUUGUGUUUGCUGUUGUUUUAGCAUACAGUAAAAUCAGAUGGCACAGAAUAAAAUAUGCCAGUGUACAGGUCUUGGUUUGGAUGUUUAAUGAUAGCACCACACAUCUGAACGAAAUCCAUACUGACUGAAGCCCAUUGAAAAGCAAUGACAAAAGCUGCAUGGUAAGAGAUGCACCUGCCCUACUGUUACCCCUCAGGAUUGUGUCACUCAUUUGAUUUUUAAUGUGUAUGCAACAUUAAAGUUGAGAGAGUUCACUGGCUGGCUGCUAAAUGGAAGGAAAGGUCUAAGAAGUAAGUGUUUGAAUAGAGCCAUUAUCAUAAAUACAGUAGGAACAGAGAAAUGGACUGUCUUUGAGAGGGUCAGAACCAAGUCCAAUUUGAAGACUAGGUUGUGAGAGGAAUUAUUGAAAGUUAAACCAUCUAGGGAUAUUUUGCAUGCCAGAGACACCUAUGUAUACAGAGACCCAUACAUUUUAGUCUUCCUUCGUCUGUCCAGAUAUUGCUCUGCUAAGCAAUGAAUAUCAAAGAAUAAAUAAAUGUGUGAUUGACAAGGUUUUUAUCACGUGCAGUAAUUUAAGCCUGAUCCCCAUGCAGUGGGAGUUUAUCUAAGGAGAUGGACUAAAAAGUACUACUGUCUCAUUCUAUGUGUUUCCAAGGUUAGCCAUAUAAGAAUGAAUUUAAUUAUUUUUUUUAAGCAAGCAGGAAGAUUGGCAAGGUAAUAUGAGAUCUGCUGGGCUUGUCUGGAGAUCCUUAACAUGUGACAAACCCAAUGCUAACAUGUCAAUGUAACACAGUUAGAGCAUGAUCUAACUCUGCAGCCUUUAAUACUCUAGGCUGACUUCUGGGGACCACUGGCCCAAAAUGAGAUGAAAAGCACUUCCACCUCCUCUUCCACACAUCCCCAUUUUGUCUUUACCUCCCUGAUGACUAUUUUAUUAAAACAUUAACAGUUAUUAAUAGUUACACCAGAUUUAGUCAAAACAUUAAAGUAGAGCAAGGAAAAACAGACAAAAAGUUAUAUGACUUUUUUCUUGUUGUUUCUCUCUCUUACUCUGGUAUGUUGCUUUUGUAAAUAUAGUUUUAUAACAGACACAGCAUAGGGAAGAAAGGACAAGUAAGGCUGUUUUAACUUUCUUUUUUGACAAAGAAAAAUGGAGUCUCUUUUCCCCCAAUUAAUGAAUCCCCUUUUUUAUUCAUUUUGUACUUAAUUUUGUCUUAUUAGCACUGACCCUUAGAAUCAGACUCAGAAGUCUUGUUUAUGCCAGAGUGCCUAAAUACCAGAUGUCGUAGAGGUGCCGGGGGGGGGGGGUCCCCUGACCUUAUACCAUUUAUUCAUGACCAUUAGAAUCCAGAUUAAACUUUUCAUUUUUGGAAAAUAUAAAAGACACUGUCCAUUUUAAACAAACAAAACAGCCAUACUUCUGUAUUCACAUUAAAUGCAACUGGUAAAUCCCAGUAAACUGCAUCUCGGCUUAACUUUCAUAUUCUAUUUAAUGUCUCCGUGAGCAUGUGUGUGGUAAUCAGCUUUUUACACAGACUACCAUUGCAUGCACUCACUUUGGGAAAUAAUAUUCAAGUAUGUGUGCUCAGGAUGUUACAGAAAUGUAAAAUGGUAAUGUGACUUAUGCAGAAGGUUAAUUUGCAUAGCAUUAAAUAUGAUGAAACUGGUACAGGGCAAGUACGACUUUAUGAAUUACAACCAGAAAGCAGGCUUGACACUACAGCCCUUUUCACAUUCAUAACCUUGCUUUUACUAAUGCAAAUAGAUCAGUUUUAGAAGUGCAUAUAAAUUACCAGCUUCACUGGAAAGCACUGAGAUAAUAUGUCUGGAUCAUUUUCUAAAACCACCACAUCAAUUAUACUUAAGGAGAUUGUCUUUUUAUGAAUUAUGUAUUGCUCUAAUAAAAUAAAACAUUUCUAUACAUAUAUCAUUAGUCACCACUGUUUUACCAUUAAUGUGUAGCUAUUAAGUAUAUUGUCUCAACCAGGUGUUUAUCAGCUCCCAGUUGCAAGUUAGAAGCAAGGUGUAGCUCCUAAAAUUAAACUUCAGCAUUAAUAUAUAUGGAGCACCUGCUGAAAUUCUGAGGACCUUCAUUAUGACCCACAACACACACACACACACACACACACACACACACACACACACACACACACACACCCCUGAUGUUUAUGUUGCGUCACAGUAUAUUUCCUAUUUCAAGGUAUAACAAUGUUGGUGUGAGGGACACAGCCCCAAUGUUGGGCGGGGGCAAAGCUCUCUUGCAGAAAUGUUUAAAAGUCUGACUUCAAGUUUUGGAAAUCACUGUGUUUUUUUAGUAAUAGGUUAUUUUUGCAGUAUCAGGACUCACAGUGUUAGAUCUUACAGUUGUGGCUGGUAGUCUUGUAGUCUCAGUCAUGUCAGUGUAUGGUUAUGCUGGAGUUUUUUAUAAUGUAGCAUCUUCAGCAGACAGUUCAUAAGAAGCCUUUACUUCUGCAUCUUCAACAGGUUUCCUUCUGAUCUGAGAAGUUAAGGGUGUGGAAAGACUCAAAAUGCUACUGCAGCCUCUGGGUAAUGGAUUGUUCUCCUUUUAAUGAAGAAUUAUGUUCAGUCCACUCUUAAAUUUGAAUCCGUGGUUUGUUUCUUAUUAUGCUUUUGUGCACAUUAACCUUCAGAAAGAUUAAAACUACUAAUAUCCAAGUUGUGCUGCAACUGAACCACCGCCACCUCUUUGGUUCUGCCUUUUCAUUGGGCAAAAAAAGUGAGUGAUGUCAUAUAGUUCUUGUGGAGUGGUUGUGCCAGACCAAAGUUUAUUUGUACAACAGACUGUGUCACACCAAAUGUUUCCCUGUUCUUUGUUCUGCAUAGUUGAAAACACAAAUACAAGUUGUACAGGACACUUAUGUCAUUUCAUUUUUUAACGUUAGUGUUCUUAAUGAAGCUUCCACAGUUAUU